AUGGUGGACUUGAAAUCUUACAUACCCAUGAUCGAUGCGAUCUUAAGUGCUGCUAAUCCUGAUCAGGCCACUCCUAAAAGGAUAAGGAAGGCAUUACAAGAACUAUUUGGUGUCGAUCUCGAUAGCCGAAGAAAAGAAGUUAACAAGAUAAUAGUGGAAAGAUUCCAAGAUUCUCAGGAUCGUCCAAAAAAAUUGGUCAGUAUCGAUGAAUUGGUGAAACAAGAUGAGUCCACUGCCAGCCGAUUGGUCAAGGGUUCGAAUAAAAAGAGAAGCAAAAGCGCUAAUAAGGAUUCCAGUACCAAGAAGAAGAAAAGUGGUGAAUCUACCGGUGGCUUUAACAAGACUAGAGUCUUGCUAGCGGAACCAUUGAGUGAACUUUUAGGCGAAACUGAGUCGACGAGAACCCAGGUGGUUAAAUCAGUUUGGGACUACAUCAAACGUAACAAUUUACAAAAUCCAAAUGAUAGAAGAGAGAUCCUGUGUGAUGAUAGGAUGAAACCAGUGUUUGGUGAAAAGGUCACCAUGUUUUCAAUGAAUAAAGAAUUGGCUAAGUAUAUCCGUAAUGCCCCGGACACCGCUACUGCUCCUACUGCUACGAAUUCAUCACCCCCUCCUGUGGUAAAGGAAGAAUCCCAGGAUAAUAAACAAGAAAGUUCAAAUGCUGGUAAUUAUGAUGAUGAUGAUGACGAUGACGAUGACGAUGAUGAAGAUGACGAUGAUGAGGACGAGCCUGCAACCAGUGAGCAUGAAACUAGCGACCAAUAA